AUGAUUUUAGCAAAUGGAUUUAAAACUAUAUCCUAUAUACAAUUUUACAAUCAGUUAUAUAAAUAAAUGGUAGUUGAAAAUUUAGCAUCAAUAUGCAAUUCUCCUUUUAAUCUCUAUUUGGAAUCAGAUGAGUAUAUAAUCAAUUUGCUCCUAGCAUCACUUUUUGAUUUAAAUUUGAAUAAAAUUAUGUGGAUGAUAAGUAAUUUUAAUUUAAUGAUACAAUUAAAUAAUCAAAAUUAGUUUAUCAUUACUCUUGUAAGACUUGUGAUGGAUCUCUUGAAAAUAAUUGUAUAAAUGUAGAAAAAAUUCUAACAGACAUUAUUUCAAUGA